CCAAGCGCAAUCCCACUUCAACCCAAAAAUCUCUUAAAUAAAUAAAAAAAAAAACUUUCUCUUCUUCUCUCUUCUCCCAAGAAUCUCUCUCUGUAAGAAAAGCUUAAACCUUUUCAGUGUUUCGUUGACCAUGGCAAAGGUUGUUAGCUUCUCGCUUGCUCUGUUAAUGACGGUGGUGGUGAUUCUCACCCCUUCAGCCGCCUCCGGCGAAAAUGAGUUUUCCGAUCUUAAAAUCCGUACCCACUUGAAACGACUCAACAAGCCAGCUCUCAAAUCCAUAAAGAGCCCAGACGGAGAUAUUAUCGAUUGUGUCCCAGUCACCGACCAACCAGCUUUAUCUCAUCCUCUGCUCAUUAAUCACACGGUCCAGAUGACUCCAAGUUUCAACCCAGAGAGUGUCUUUAGCGAGAGUAAAGUUUCAUCAAACACCAAGAAUCAACAGUCUAGUGCUAUAUCUCAGCUUUGGCAUGUGAACGGUAAAUGCCCAGAGAACACAGUUCCCAUCAGAAGAACGACAAAGCAAGAUCUUUAUCGAGCGAGUUCGGUCGAGAAGUUCGGUAUGAAGAAUCAGAAGAGUAUCCCUAAGCGUAUAUCUUAUGAGCCAGCUAGUGUCCUUCCGCAAAACGGUCAUCAGCACGCGAUAAUGUAUGUCGAAGAUGGAGUUUUCUACGGGGCGAAAGCGAAGAUUAAUGUGUGGAAACCGAAUGUGGAGCUGCCUAAUGAGUUUAGCUUGGCUCAGAUUUGGGUUUUGGGUGGAAACUUCAACUCUGAUCUUAAUAGUAUUGAAGCUGGCUGGCAGGUCAGUCCACAAUUGUAUGGUGAUAGUCGCACUAGGCUCUUCACUUAUUGGACUAGUGAUGCAUACCAAGGAACAGGCUGCUACAAUCUUCUGUGCUCAGGAUUUGUUCAAAUCAAUAGGGAGAUUGCAAUGGGUGGAUCAAUCUCACCUCUGUCUAGCUUCGGAGACUCUCAGUAUGACAUUACAAUACUUAUCUGGAAGGAUCCAAAAGAAGGACACUGGUGGUUACAGUUUGGAGAAAAGUACAUAAUAGGAUACUGGCCAGCUUCUCUCUUCUCUUACUUAUCAGAAAGUGCGUCAAUGAUCGAAUGGGGAGGUGAAGUGGUUAACUCACAGUCUGAGGAAGGACAACACACUACCACUCAGAUGGGAAGUGGGAGGUUCGCAGAGGAAGGUUGGGGCAAAGCUAGUUACUUCAAGAACAUUCAAGUAGUUGAUGGAUCAAAUGAGCUGAGAAGCCCUGAAAAUCUUCAAGUGUUCACUGAUCAAGAGAAUUGCUACAAUGUGAAGAGUGGCAGUGGAGGUUCUUGGGGAAGUCACUUCUAUUAUGGUGGUCCAGGCCGAAACCCUAAUUGCCCUUAAGAUAUGUCUACUUAGAUCAUUCCAAAUUAGUCAUCAACUGUAUAAAACAUUAUUAUAUAUACACAUUCUUAAGUAUAUUGGUUUCAGAUUGCAAGAGUGGUUUAUUGUUUGUUUCUAUGGUGUAUUGGUGUGUAGAGAAGAUAAAUUUCUAUAAAGAACAUGGUCACAUGUA